AUGGCUCCCUCUGCUACCAACACCAAUUGGUCGGUGCAGUAUGACACCCUCCGCCGGGAGAAUCUCUUCCGGAACCCGCCGAAGGAUCACACUGCCUUUCCGUCGCUGGCGGAGUCAAUUCGGCCACACGUCGACUCUUUCAAUGCCUUGUUCGAGGACAGCAAGAUCCUGGCGGCAGGAUUGAAAGACAUCGGUAUCAAGACCUUCCUUGACGGAGAACCCGAAACCCCCGAGCAGAAGAAGGUUCGUAUGGCUGAGGGCCUUCGCGCACCGAAGCGCAACCGCCUGAAUGUUCGUGUGAAGGAAGUUUUCCUCGACAAGCCUCAACUGCCGCCCACCAACAAGUACAGCACCACGAAUCGCGAAAUUUACCCCUCCGAGUGCCGUGAGCGACAUGCGACUUACCGUGCCAAGCUCCGUGCUCGUCUGGAGUUCCAGGUGAACAAUGGCGACUGGAUGGAGUCGAUGCGCGAGCUGGGCAAUGUCCCCGUUAUGGUGCGCACCAACCGCUGCCACCUCCAGAAUGCCACCCCCGAAGAACUGGUGCGCCACAAGGAGGAAUCGGAAGAGCUGGGUGGUUACUUCAUUGUGAACGGUAACGAGAAGCUUAUUCGUAUGCUGAUCGUUGGAAAGCGGAAUUACCCCAUGUCCAUCAUUCGUGGUUCGUUUGUCAAGCGUGGCCACACUUACACCAAGUUUGGUGUGCAGAUCCGUUCCGUCCGUCCCGAUCAGACAUCCCAAACCAAUGUGCUGCACUACCUCUCCGAUGGUAACGUUACCUUCCGUUUCUCGUGGCGCAAGAACGAGUUCCUUGUCCCCGUUAUGAUGAUCCUCAAGGCCCUGGUCGAGACCAACGAUCGUGAGAUUUUCGAGGCCCUUGUCGGUGCCGCCAACUCCAAGGGAAUGAAGAACACUUUCGUCACAGACCGUGUUGAGCUCUUGUUGCGAACCUACCAGGCCUAUGGCAAGCACAGCAAAUCUGACUGCCGUGCCCACCUGGGCAAGUGUUUCCGUCCUGUCAUGGGUGUCUCUCAAGAUGUGCCUGACGAGGAGGUUGGAACCGAGUUCUUGCGCCGCAUUGUCCUGCCUCAUUUGGGCAACUACAACGUUACCGAAACUCAGGAUUACGACAAGUUCAAGAUGAUCAUUUUCAUGAUCCGCAAAUUGUACUCCCUGGUCGCUGGUGACUCUGCUCCCGACAACCCUGAUGCAGUCUCUAACCAGGAGGUCCUGCUUGGUGGUUUCUUGUACGGCAUGAUCCUCAAGGAGCGUAUUGAGGAGUGGCUUCGAUCACUUGGACCUAUCGCCCGAGACUGGUCAAUUCGCAACAGCAAUGCCAAGUUCACUGAUACUGCAUUCGAGCGCGACUUCCUGUCCAAGAUCGUGAGAAGGUCUAACGAGAACAUCGGUCAGGCUCUCGAGUACUUCCUGUCCACCGGUAACCUCGUCAGUCCUACUGGUCUCGAUUUGCAACAGACUUCCGGUUACACCGUCAUGGCCGAGAAGAUUAACUUCUACCGGUUUAUCAGUCAUUUCCGAAUGAUUCAUCGUGGUAGUUUCUUCGCGCAAUUGAAGACCACUACCGUGCGUAAGCUGCUGCCAGAGAGUUGGGGUUUCUUGUGUCCUGUUCACACUCCUGAUGGAUCGCCUUGUGGUCUGUUGAAUCACUUGGCGCACAAGUGUCUGAUCGCCACAGACAACCUUGAUGUUUCCAGCUUGCCUCGCACUCUUGUUCAGCUUGGUGUUAAGGGUGAAUCUUCUGUGGCCACCGAGGACAGUGUGACCGUUCAGCUGGACGGUAGAAUCAUUGGAUUCUGCUCUCCCGAGCAGGCUCGCAAGAUCCACGAUACUCUCCGUUACUGGAAGGUGUCUGGCAAGAACAAUGUCCCACUUGGCCUGGAGAUUGGUUACAUUCCCAAUUCUAACGGUGGACAGUACCCCGGUAUCUACAUGUUCUCCCAGUCCGCAAGAAUGUACCGACCAGUCAAGUACCUGGCUCUGGACAAGACAGAUUUCGUCGGACCCUUCGAGCAGCCGUACAUGGAGAUUGCCUGUCUGGAAUCUGACCUGAUCGCUGGUCUUUCUACUCACAUCGAGUUCACCCCGACCAACAUCCUCUCGAUUGUGGCCAACAUGACACCCUUCUCCGAUUACAACCAGUCUCCUCGUAACAUGUACCAGUGUCAGAUGAGCAAGCAGACCAUGGGUACUCCUGGUACCUCUAUCGCCCACCGUACCGACAACAAGCUGUACCGCUUGCAGACUGGUCAGACCCCUGUCGUUCGAACCCCCUUAUACAAUGCUUACGGCCUGGACAAUUUCCCCAACGGAAUGAACGCCAUUGUUGCUAUUAUUUCCUACACCGGUUACGACAUGGACGACGCCAUGAUUAUCAACAAGUCCUCCCACGAGCGUGGCUUUGGUCACGGUACCAUCUACAAGACUAAGGUCCACAGCCUGGCUGAGAAGGACCGCCGCAAGUCCCGUCGCGAGGUGAAGAAGCUUUUCGGCUUCGCUCCCGGUGACGAGGUUAAAGCCGAGGUGCGCAACUUCAUCGACGAUGACGGUCUGCCCCAUGUCGGUAUUCGCGUGCAGGAGGGAGACAAGAUCGCCGCAUUCCACGAUGUGCGCUACGAUGCCGCGUCCGACUCCUACGUGAACGUUGACGGUAUCACCCAUUUCCUCAAGUAUAAGGAUGCCGAGGCUGGCUACAUCGAGAGUAUCCGCAUCAUGGGUAACGAGAACGGUGCCGAGCCCAUGCAGUCGAUCAGUGUCAAGUACCGCAUUCCCCGUAAACCCAUUAUUGGUGACAAGUUCUCCUCUCGUCACGGACAGAAGGGUGUUUGUUCGCAGUUGUGGCCCGCUGGCGAUAUGCCAUUCUCCGAGAGCGGCAUGCAGCCCGAUCUGAUCAUCAACCCUCACGCUUUCCCCUCUCGUAUGACCAUUGCCCAGAUGAUUGAAUCUAUGGCUGGUAAAGCCGGUGCCCUGCACGGUCACCCGCAAGACUGCACUCCGUUCCAGUUCUCCGAAGAGAACACUGCCACCGACUACUUCGGUCACCAGCUCAAGAAGGCCGGAUACAACUACUACGGUAACGAGCCCCUGUACUCCGGUAUCACUGGUCGCGAGUUCGCCGCCGAUAUCUACAUGGGUGUCGUCUACUACCAGCGUCUGCGUCACAUGGUGAACGACAAGUUCCAAGUGCGUACCACUGGUCCCGUCAACGCCUUGACCGGACAGCCCGUGAAGGGUCGUGCCAAGGGUGGUGGUAUCCGUGUCGGAGAGAUGGAGCGUGAUUCUUUGAUUGCGCACGGAGCGGCAUUCUUGCUCCAGGAUCGUCUGAUGAACUGUUCCGAUUCCCAGCUCACCUGGAUCUGUCGCUGCUGUGGCUCGUUCAUUUCGACUCAGGUUGCUGUUUCGGGCUCCGGCUCAUCUCGGUCUCGCAACACUAUCAACCCCGGUGCUCUCGCUGCUGCUGCCAAGGCUGCUCCUAACCAGCAGGCUCCCGGUGGCGCGUCGUCCGCUGGCGGUGCGCUGGGUGGUGUUAAUGGUAUUGUGCGCUGUCGUCGCUGCGCUCGCCAGGCCACUUUCACGGAUUCGCGUGCUGAGGCUUGGGAGGAUGGUGAUGGUUUGCGUUAUGUUGGUGGUGACGACGUGACUAUUGUCGCUGUCCCUGGUGUGCUCCGUUUCCUGGAUGUCGAGUUGGCGGCCAUGGGUAUUCGGAUGAAGUUCAAGGUGGACAACUAA